UCUCUAUAUAUGUUCUCCAACAUAACAGUACUUCUUCAACCCAAAACGUAAUAUUUUGACAUAGUUCUGCCGUUACAAAUCUAUCUCUCGAAUAUGUGUUUCUUUGAUAACCGGUGCGACCAAAACUGGACGGUGGUGAAAACGGAUUUAGCAUGGUGGAUGGAGGCCGCUCCUCCGCGGAUAAUUUUUCCGGAGAAGCCAUCUACGUCGUCUCCGAUUCUUGAAACGAUUUUAGAAGAACGAGAGACCGAGCAAGACGAUCAAGAACAUGAUACGAUCAUUUGAUCUUUCUUCUUGGAGUUUAGAUAGAUUUCUUGUUGUAAUUUUCUAAACCAAAUACAUCACCUGAGAUUUUGUAUAUUUAUUGAUAAUCAUAUCUUGUGAUAAUUGUGGGAUCUUUGGGAACUUUCUCUUCUUGUAGUUCGAUGAUUACUUCAUAAUACCACAGAUACGUUAUGUUCAAUUUCGAGCUGCGUGGUAUGAUCUCUAUAUAUUUAUUAGUUUCC